AUGCCACGCUCCCUGGACUUCCUCUGUGUCACACGCGAGAGGGAAGGACUCACUGGAUUCCCCGAGGAAGUCGUGGACUCCUUCCUGGAGGCUUUCAAGGUCACUGGCUCCUUAGAUGAUUGCACCUGUGAUGUUGAAACCAUUGAUGCUUUUAACAACUACAAGCUUUUUCCUCGACUGAACGAGCUUCUGGAAAGCGAGUACUUUAAAUACUACAAGGUCAACCUAAAGAAGCCGUGCCCUUUCUGGACAGACAACAGUCACUGUGGAAUAAGGGACUGUGCAGUAAAGCCUUGCGAGUCUGAUGAAGUUCCUGAUGGAAUUAGAUCUGCCAGCCAUAAGUAUUCGGAAGAAGCUCAUAACCUUGCUGGAGAAUGUGAAGAAGCUCAACGACUUGGGGCUGUUAAUAGAUCUUUGAGUGAGGAAGCCCAGAAGGCUAUGCUCCAGUGGACCCAGCAUGAUGACUCUUCGGACAGCUUUUGCGAAGCUGAUGACAUCCAGUCUCCUGAUGCUGAGUAUGUAGAUUUACUCUUGAAUCCUGAACGCUACACUGGCUACAAAGGGCCGGAUGCCUGGAAGAUUUGGAACAGCAUUUACGAGGAAAACUGUUUCAAGCCUCAGACUGUAAAAAGGCCUCUGGCGUCUGGAAGAGAUGAUGAAGGGCAUGCCUUUUACAAGUGGCUGAAAGGUGUGUGUGUGGAGAAAAGAGCCUUCUACAAACUCAUCUCGGGCCUGCACUCCAGCAUCAAUAUCCACCUGUCUGCUCGGUACCUUCUGCAAGAUACGUGGGCAGAGAAGAAAUGGGGACACAACGUUACCGAGUUCCAGCAGAGGUUCGAUGAAAUACUGACCCGAGGAGAAGGGCCCAGGAGACUCAAGAACCUGUAUUUCAUCUACCUGAUCGAGUUACGGGCGUUGUCAAAAGUUCUGCCAUACUUCGAGCGCCCCGGCUUCCAGUUGUUCACAGGGAAUCAAGUCCGAGAUGCGGAGACCAAAGCCCUGCUGCUGCAAGUUCUUCGCCUAACCAAAUCUUUCCCUUUGCACUUUGAUGAAAACUCCUUGUUUGCUGGGAAUGCAAGAGAAGCUGCCAAACUGAAGGAGGAAUUUAGGUUCCAUUUCCGGAAUAUUUCAAGGAUUAUGGACUGUGUCGGUUGUUUUAAAUGUCGUCUUUGGGGCAAGCUCCAGACUCAGGGCUUGGGCACUGCCCUGAAGAUCCUGUUUUCAGAAAAGCUGAUAGAGAAGAUGUCUGAGAGCAGCCCCUCCCAGGCAUUCCAGCUAACGAGGCAGGAGAUCGUCGCCUUGAUGAACGCGUUCGGAAGGAUUUCAACAAGCGUUAGAGAGCUGGAGAACUUCAAGACCUUGUUACGAACUGUGCCGUGAAUCUGUUGCAGAGGGAGAGAAAGACUUAAACUUCAAUUUUAUGCUCAUUUUCUAGAAAACAGCAUAACAGCCUGGUAUUCUUCAUGCUUCAGGCAGCCAAAAAAGGGAAAGACCACUAGGAGAAGCCUUCAUUUUACAAAAUGAUUGUGUCAUCAAGUUACUGAGGCCAAAUGUUUUGUAUGAAAAGAAAAAUCUAUUUUUUUUAAAGGUGGGGCAGGGAGGGGGUGGAAAUAAGGAAUAAUGUGUGUGGAAAAUAUAAGGAUCAGGUUUUAGAUUUUGAGGGUUAUUAGAAUAAUAGUCUGUCUGCAUGCUACUGUCUUUCCAGGGGUAAAAAAGAGUCUAUUUGCCUGUGGAAAUAGAAGGUGUAAGUGAAACUGUGACAUCAAAUAAAUUCAGGAACACAAAAUACAACUACAGCAA